AUGCAAACGCCGACGAGCUCCGUGCUGAACCGCGGCGUAGCCGACUCGUCGUUCAUCUCGCAGGUGGUCUACGAAAACGAGGUGCUCAAGAUCGAGCUAGAGUCGCUGCGUGAAAAGCUGGAAAGCACUGGGCUGCUCAAGCUGGACGACCUCCGAUGCGAGAAUGAAAGUCUCAAAUCUGAGGUGGAGAAGCUGCGCGUCCAGCUGGCCGAGAAGGUGAACCAGCUAGACCUUCACCGCGCCUCAAAUGACCGCUUCUCCAACAUUAACGAGUCGCUGCAUGAGCUGCUCACGCAGGUCCAAACACAGCGCACGGAGCUGGCGGAGCUGAAAGACUCCACGCACGAAAAACAAGAGCGCAUCGCACACCUCACGGCUGAGCUGAAGCAGAGCGAGGAGGCGCUGAAGGAAGCAACUCAGCGGGCGGAUGCAGCAUCUGAGGAGGCGAGGAAGAGCGGCAUACAGGCGGCGGAACGGGAAUGCUUGCAGUCGCAGUUGAACCAGGUGAGUGUGGAAAUGGAGACACUGCGACAGAAAUCGGCGCAGGAGGCCACAGAACUACAGAAUCAGUUGCGGAAGGCGGAAGAGCAGCUCUUGUUGGCGAAGGAAGACGCAGUGGCCAAGUGUGCUUUUUGGGAAAAGCGAGUAAGCUCGCAGCAGCAGGAAAUCAAGGAGUGUCGCGAGACCGAGGCCAGCACGCGGCAGCAGCUGAUCGAUCUUCAAACCAAGGUGGAGGUGCUGAGGGCGGAAUGCUCCCAGCUGCGCGAGACGAACAUGGACCUUCUUCAGAGGCAGCAAGUAUCCACGGCCAUGGAGAGCCAGCGCAUCGACUUAAACGCGCCAGAGGUCAAGGCGCAUGUCGAGAGGGCGGUGAUGCAUGCAACUGAAGGGCUGGAGCGGCGAUUGCGCGAACAGGUAGAUCAAAGCACUUCCCUCAUCUCCCGCUUGGCGCUGAUGCAGCAAGAGGGCCGGGCGACAACGAAGCCAAAGGACACGCCGAUUCAAGACAUUCAGUUGAUGAAGGAGCGGAUGAGCAUGCUCAAUCACCGCGCCGAUGCCCGCACAACGAUGCAGCGCCGCAUGGCAGAGCUGCUGUCGAACGAUGAUCUGAACAAGAAGGAUAUCGAGAAGCUGCUGCAGGAGAUGCUCGACUACCAGGAGGAGACAGUCCAGGAGAACCGCACGUUGCUGUUGAUCAAGGAUAUCGAGUCAGAGGAGAGGGAGCGCAAGCUGGAGCAGGAGCUGAAGCGGGUGAAAAACGAGAACACGUCCCUAAUGAAGCAGCUGCAGGAACUGGCCGUUGAGGGUUUCCAACGGGAUCGCGGCAACAACACGUCGAACACGAGCGGAGGUGGCGGUACAAGUGAGUUCACAGCCACUGGGGCGGGCGCCUCGGGUGCUCCUGGUGCACCCGCCGGCGGCGUCAAACUCUCUGCGUCGCCGGAGAACGAGCGUGGCAACUACCAUUUCCCUUGUAGCAGUCCUCUUGCGGCAAGGAUGGACGAAGCUCGAGGGCCAGUGUACCCUGGUUCGUUAAAUGCUAGCUACAAUACACUACAGACGGAUUCAAGAACCCCACCAGCGCUGCACCCUGCACCAAACUGUGCCCCAAUGCCUUCCCAGCAGAUCCCUGCGUACCAGCGGCCUCCUGCUGCCUUUCCGUACCAGCAACCGCCCCAGCAAAGAGAGCCGAACUACCCACCGCAGCCCUACACAGGAGACCUGUGGUCGAACGCGCCGGCACGGCCGAGCGCAGCACCGACGCCGAACCCGCAGGGGCCACCUACGAUGAUGGCGGCGGCGCACGCAGACCCAUACAGGUACCCCUCCGACCCUCCUCAAAACAAGCCAGGCGCGCAACCGGCUUGGGCGCCGCGUGUCUCCGGCAAUGAACCGGAUCGUAACCGGAAUACCAGGGUGCAGUGUCCCGCAUGCACGUUUGAGCAGCAGUGCACCAACCGCCAGUGCGAAAUGUGUCAGGCGACACUGCAGCCGAACUGA